AGGAUAUAUGCGCAUCCACUCGUCUGAAAAUUAAGGGGGAGGUUUGGAUUUGCACGGAUUCCCGUUCUUGAACAUUUUUUCCCCCAGCAGGACUAGUCCCAGAAACUUUUUAGAAUCUACUGUCUGCUGUUUUCACGCGAGGAAAUAACACAAACAAAUUUGAUAAACUUUGGUCUUUUCCCCCCUGGAGGUGAGAAGACUGCGAUUUAUCGCGAGUGAAGACGCUGAGAUCAAUGGACGACCGAAUUACUAAAGUUUGCCAGCAUUGUUUGUAUUAGCAGCGUUUUAAAGAAUACCAGUGGAAAUAAAAUCCUGGCUGUAUCCCACGAUACAUCUAUCAGCUCAAAUUCGUUUCAUCCUCCGGAAGUUUUGUUCCGCUUUUUUCCUCUGGUCUUUAGUCUGGCACGCACGCGAUUUUCCCUGGCCAAGUUUGGGAAAAUAUGCGCGAGCUUGUUAGCUAAACUUCCACAGUUGCGACCAAAGUGAGAGUUGCAGCUUCCACACAUUACGUGUGGAUAUUCUCCAUUUUUGGAGGUACUUUUUCUCCCUCCAAUCUGGGCUAAGGAGUGUUCUUAUCAGAUUUAUCAGACGCUGGCUGGCCCGCCAGUAAGUUUAAAUCUACAAAUGACCUGCUGCUGAUGCCCCAAAGUUCUGAAUGGAGUUCCUGUCGCAGAAAAGCCACCAAUUGUAGCUCCCUCAACAGGAUGCUGAUGAGGCCAAGUGUACUUGUCUUUCUGGCUUUCUUUGCCCAGGUUUUAAGGACACAGUGCCGCCCCGCCAUUCCUGAUGAAGUUGCCUUGGAAACGCAAGCGGAGCUUUUCACUCUCUAUCUUGGGGAUCGUCUGGACUUAAGUUGCUUCACCAAGGACUCCCUCCAUGCUGUCAACUGGACCAAAGACCAUGUGGUCGUAGUGGAUGGAGAACACACACACAUACGCAAUGGCCAGCUGGAGAUUGAGACAGUGGAGCUGGCGGACUCUGGCAUCUACGCAUGCAUGACCUUGAGCAACCACAGUGUAUUUUUCAAUGUCACAGUUGACACCCUGGCCUCGUCUGAGGAUGAUGAUGAAGAUGAAGAAUCUUCUUCGGAGGAAGCUAAAUUAUUAGGCAGUCAAAAACUACUUCCAAUGGCUCCACAGUGGGCUCACCCAGAAAAAAUGGAGAAAAAGCUCCAUGCUGUCCCUGCCAGCAAGACUGUCAGAUUCCGCUGUCAGGCCAGUGGCAACCCAACACCUACACUAAAAUGGUACAAGAAUGGAAAGGAGUUCAAGAAGGACCAUCGAAUUGGAGGUUUUAAGUUCAAACAGGGGUCCUCCUCACAGGACAGCAGUAACUCAGUCGUUCGUGACCAUGUUUGGACCAUCAUCAUGGAAUCUGUGGUGCCCUCAGACAAGGGAAACUAUACCUGUAUGGUGGAAAACCAAUAUGGAAGCAUCAAUCACACCUACCAGCUGGAUGUUGUCGAGCGCUCUCCACACAGGCCCAUCCUGCAGGCCGGUCUGCCCGCUAAUCGCACCGCAGUGGUGGGCAGUGAUGUAGAGUUUGAGUGCAAGGUCUUUAGCGACCCUCAGCCUCACAUCCAGUGGUUAAAGCACAUCGAGGUCAACGGGAGUCGCGUCGGUGCAGACGGCUUACCGUAUGUCCGUAUCCUCAAGCAUUCUGGAGUCAAUAGUUCGGAUGCUCAGUUGCUGACCCUCUCCAAUGUGACUGAGGAGGACAGUGGACAAUAUAUAUGUAAAGUGUCCAAUUAUAUAGGAGAGGCCAAUCAGUCGGCCUGGCUGACUGUCACCAGAUUUGAGCCCACAGCCAUGCCACACUAUCCUCCGUCCAACCACACGUAUCUGGAGGUUGUCAUCUACUGUGUGGGCUUCUUCUUCAUCGCUGUCAUGAUUGCCAUCGUAAUUAUUGUGAAGAUUCGCACCUCCUCCAAGAAGAGUGACUUCAACAGUCAGCUGGCUGUGCACAAGCUGGCUAAAAGCAUCCCUCUGCGUAGACAGGUAACAGUGUCAGUGGACUCAAGUUCCUCCAUCCACUCUGGUGUGAUGUUGGUUCGACCAUCUCGACUUUCCUCCAGCGGCUCUCCAAUGUUGUCAGGGGUGUCUGAGUAUGAACUGCCACAAGAUCCCCGUUGGGAGCUUCCUCGAGAUCGACUUGUUCUCGGAAAGCCCCUGGGCGAAGGCUGCUUCGGUCAGGUGGUGAUGGGAGAGGCACUGGGUCUUGACAAAGAGAAGCCAAGUCGUGUGACAAAGGUUGCAGUGAAAAUGUUGAAGUCUGAUGCCACAGAGAAAGAUUUGUCAGACCUGAUUUCAGAGAUGGAAAUGAUGAAGAUUAUUGGCAAACACAAGAACAUCAUCAAUCUGCUGGGAGCCUGCACACAGGAUGGUCCUUUGUACGUGAUUGUGGAGUUUGCGUCCAAGGGCAAUUUGAGGGAGUUUUUGCAUGCUAGACGCCCUCCAGGCAUGGAGUACUGUUACAACCCAGACCAAGUUCCUGUCGAGAACAUGUCCAUCAAAGACCUGGUAUCUUGUGCCUAUCAAGUGGCCCGAGGCAUGGCGUACCUAGCUUCCAAAAAGUGCAUCCACAGAGAUCUUGCUGCUCGUAAUGUUUUGGUAACGGAAGACAAUGUGAUGAAAAUAGCUGAUUUUGGCUUGGCAAGAGACAUACACCACAUUGAUUACUACAAGAAGACCACCAAUGGUCGUUUACCGGUCAAAUGGAUGGCUCCUGAAGCACUGUUUGAUCGAAUAUAUACACACCAAAGUGAUGUCUGGUCAUUUGGCGUUCUACUUUGGGAAAUCUUUACUCUGGGAGGCUCUCCAUACCCCGGCAUCCCUGUGGAAGAGCUGUUUAAGCUGCUGAAGGAAGGUCACCGCAUGGACAAACCCUCCACUUGCACCCAAGAGCUGUACAUGAUGAUGAGAGAUUGCUGGCAUGCUGUGCCGUCCCAGAGGCCAACUUUCAAGCAGCUUGUAGAGGACCUGGAUCGUUGUCUUGCCAUAACGUCCAACCAGGAGUAUUUAGAGCUGUCCGUGCCAUUGGAUCAAUACUCCCCCAACUACCUUGACACCCGUAGCUCCACUUGCUCUUCUGGCGAGGACUCUGUCUUCUCCCACGAUGCUGGUGCUGAGGAACCCUGCCUCCCAAAGCUCCCUCCCCAUUCCAACGGAGCGGCCAUCAAAAAACGCUGAUACCUCAUCACCAGUCAAACAUUGACAUUUCUUCCACUCCCUGCCUCAUGCGGUUGUGGACUCUUCUUCCCUAAAAUUCCCAAAGAUAAAGCUAAGGACCGCCGCUGCUUGGUGAGACAGAAGCUGAGAGACACCUCAGAGAACUUGUUGGAUCUCAAGGACCGCAAAGCGCAGCUAUUUCCCGAUCCUGGUGGAACGAUGUUUACCGGGGCACUUUCUAUUAUCAAGAGUGGAAGUUUGUUACGGUGUUGUAAAUGGGUUUCCCAUUCCUAUGCAGGACAGGGCCUUUUUUAUUCAUUCAGUUCAUCGGGAUAACAUUUUUGCUUUAAAGACUAAAUACCAAGGAACUAGGACCAUGGUACAUUGCGCCAUUCACUAUGUCUUCUUGUAAAUACUGCCAGAAAAAUAUAAAUAUGAAUAUAUAUGUAUGUAUAUACAGUGUGUGUGUAUAUGUAUAUAUAUAUAUAUAUAUGCAUACAUACAUACAUACAUACUUAGACUAUAAUCUUAUUUUUAUCACUGUAAUAGAUUUUACUUUUGUAAAGUGAUUGAUUGACCCAUUCUUGAGUAUAGUCCACAGGGGAGAUAUCACAUGACUAUUUUUUCCCCCCCAGAAUUGAUUGCCCUCAUUUUAUAUUGUAACGAUUAAUACAAAAUAGAGUAUUUUUUUUUAUUUCUUUAACAUGCUUUUCAAUAUUACAUCAUGCAUAUCAGUGUACCAGUGAUAUUUGCAGGUGCUCCAUUCUACACCAAGAUGAAUAUCAGUGUAACUGAUUGUGUACGUGAGUAAACUGAAUUUUAUACAUCUUGCCCAACUGUCAACAUGUAGUUCCUGCUUAUAAAAGCCACCCUAAUUAGCUUCAGUAAAUGUCAUGCACUUCCUCUGUGCAUGUAUCUCGUGUAAUUCAUUUUACUGUAUAAGCUUUAACCAUGAUGUUCAACUUCUGCCAAAUAACUUCUGAUGAUGAGAUGUGGAACACUCAUCCUCAUAAAUGGAUAACAUGAAAUAAAAUGUUUUUUUUUUUUUAAAGAAAUACAAAAGCUGUUCAAGAAUGA